AUCUUUGGGUGGUGGAGUGCCGAGAAGGUUACCUGUGGCAGAGGAAUCCCAGUGAUCUGCAACCAUGACGGACCAGCAGGCUGAGGCCCGGUCCUAUCUCAGCGAGGAGAUGAUUGCUGAGUUCAAGGCCGCCUUUGAUAUGUUUGAUGCUGAUGGUGGCGGGGACAUCAGCGUCAAGGAGUUGGGCACAGUGAUGAGGAUGCUGGGUCAGACGCCCACCAAAGAAGAGCUGGACGCCAUCAUUGAAGAGGUGGAUGAAGAUGGCAGCGGCACCAUUGACUUCGAGGAGUUCUUGGUCAUGAUGGUGCGCCAGAUGAAAGAGGACGCGAAAGGGAAGAGCGAGGAGGAAUUGGCAGAGUGUUUCCGAAUUUUCGACAGGAACGCAGACGGCUACAUUGAUGCUGAGGAGCUGACUGAGAUUUUCCGGGCUUCUGGAGAGCACGUGACGGAAGAGGAGAUCGAGUCCCUGAUGAAAGACGGAGACAAGAACAACGACGGCCGCAUAGAUUUUGAUGAGUUCCUGAAGAUGAUGGAAGGUGUGCAGUAAGGAGUCGGCUGUAGCCU